AACAAUAGUGGGGUCAGUAUCAUUAUUCAGCAUCAUUUAAAUAAUUCGUAUUCAAUGUUUUUUUCACGCACCCAACUUUAUAAUGCUGACCCGAAAUUGUCGAGAACUGGAUAACUGACGAUUCGGUAUAUAGUGCAGUUCGUCUUCGUAUGCCUAAGCGUCAUCGUCGAAUUUAUCAUUAUGAGUAUAGCAAUAGCCGCCGUAUGAAUAAAUAUAUAUUAUGCACAUUCUAGAAUAAUUGUUGUAUAUGUACACGACUUAUUUACAGCUACGUUUUCGGUAAUUAUUUAUUAAAAAAUGAAAUUGGGCAUGACAUUCUGUGAGUCUUCGCAUCAUACAGCCAAUCAGAGCUGCUGACGUACUCUACUAAUUUUCUAUUGGUUAUUAUUAUUAUUAUUAUUGGAUGCGUUUUAACCUAUCUUAUCUACUCUAAUCUCAAUAUUAAGUCCGUCAGUCGUAGUUAGAACGCAGAGAUUUAAAUAUCAAAUCCCGCAGGACCGUUCAAAGCACCGAGCCGUUGUUACGUCUUAUGUACACUUCGACAAUAAUAAUUGAUUCAUCGUCGAUUCAAAGAAAUGUGAUCAUUUUACUGGCAUUGUUUUCGUUGAGAGCUUCUUCCAUAUUCGAUGGUAUAGCGAGUUUGUUUCUUAUGUCCCGGUAUUUCGUGCAAACUCGGAUGAUGUGAUAAAUUGAAAGGUCUGUGUGGACUUACUUUUAUAGUAUAAGGAAAUAGUAAAAAAUGGAACAUUUUCGGCAACGGUUAUGUUUUUCUGCGCCUACUACAUCUGAUAUUUUAUUGGAUCACGAACGAAAUAAUGACGUUCAAGAUUUAAUGGUAUUUUGUGGUGCAGACAAAAUUGGAAAUAUGAUUAUAUUAUGUGUUGAUCAAAAUUACAAUUUAAAACAAUCUAAAUCUGUAAUACACAUACGAGAUCCCACAGGACUUGAAUUCACAAAUCAAGAGACAGAUAAAGGAUCUUAUGAAUUUUCUAGUUGGAAAACACUCAGUCUCCAAUUUCAAUGUACAGUACCUAUGCAGACAUGGAGAAUUGUAUUCAGUGGACGUCUGAGAAACGGCGGGAAUUAUCGUCACUUCAAGAUAAAUUUCUUAUGGAAGCCGUUCGGAUUUCCAGUUUACUGUGGUAAAAAUAAUACAUUUUUUAAACACGAAAUCGAUCAUUCUGAUCCAGACUGCAUUAACAAUUUAUUGGGAUUCGAUCAGUUCGGUCAAAUUUCCGGUUCUAUGGUCGUUGACGGUAAAACAGACAUGAUAAACAUGCAUGCUAUGAAAUUAAGACGGUGGAAUAUGUCAGUAGACGACUCGUUAUUUGCUGGAUUUAUGAACAGUGAUACAAUGUAUUCCGUACAGAAAUUAGAAAGGAUAAACUGCCGUGGGCAUUUCAAAACAAUUUCAGUACACGAAAUACUGACGCCGGAUGAAAUACAUUUCGUGAGUGAAGAAAACGAUAGUCAAUCAAUCGAAAUAUAUCAUAAAAAUUUCAAUUUAAAUGCAAAUUUAAAAAGUCAAAUGAUUGUCAACCUAAAUACUGUGUCGAUCGAAACCGUUAUUGGAGACAACUUUAAGGGAAUACUUUUAUGUUUCAAAGAAGUGCGUAAGACAGACAAGUUAGUAAAAUGUACAGAAGACAUUUCUGUAAACGAUCAUAAAAUCGGUUUAACCGUUAACUUAAACUCGGAGAUGUGCGCGUUCAGCAAUAUAGUAGGGAACAAAGCAAAAUCUCUGUUCCGAUUAAAAAAAAUAAUCGCUAAUGGUCUGAUUAACAACGCUAUUGUCCCCGAAGGUAUAUGCAUCACGACGACUGCGAUGAGAGCACAUAUAAACGAAAAUAAAGAAUUGUCGAACUAUUUAAACAAUGCGAUCGAAAAAGCAAAACAGAGUGAUUUUGAACAGUUAUCGAACUACUGUGAACGGUUGAACUAUCAGUGGCAGUCAACAAAACUGUGUGCUGAGUUGCUGGAGGCGAUUUCAAACGGUGUGAGCAAAUACCGCGUAUACGCCGUCCGUUCGUCUGGAACGUUCGAGGACGGCGAAUCGACAUCGUCGGCCGGUCAAUAUAUCACCAAACUAGGCUGUGCCGGUCGUACUUACGAAAUCGCGGAGGCGGUUUUAGAGUGUUGGUCAUCAAAUUUCUCGGCGCGAGCUCUGACGUAUCGAAAGAAUAAUGGACAGCCGUUGAUGUGUGACAUGGCUGUGAUCAUUCAGGAUCAAGUGAGUGGUCCAGGAGUGGCAGGAGUUGCGUUCUCUAGAGACCCGAACACCGGCGAUCCCGGGAAAAUCACCGUGGCCGCUAGUUACGGUCUGGAAAAAGCGGGUGUUGUUUCGGGAUCUGUCGAACCCUACGAGAUCGUUGUUUCUAGACUGCAGUUCGACGACGACUUCACUUCUUCUGCAGCAGGACUCUCGCAGACAAUGUCGAAUUUUAUCGUUGAAAACGACGAUGAUGCGAAACCGCGGUGUGUUUCUGAUGAUUUGGUUAAAAAGUUGGCCGACAUCUGCGUCCGAGUGGAAGGCGUGUUUGGUUCACCGCAAGACAUCGAAUGGGUAGCUGUAGAGGAUCAAGUUUACCUUCUCCAGUCGAGACCAAUCACGUCCAUAUUUGCUUGGAAUAACGACGAAAUCUCCCGAGAAUUUGACACACCAUUUACGAGCGACGACGUAGUGAUGUUUUAUAACGCGAAGGAAGUGUAUCCCAAACCUAUGCACACUUUAUCGUUGACUUUGGAUUUAUUUUCAAUGUAUCCACUGUUUAAAUUGACCGAAAAAGAGCCCACUGAUAUUUAUUGUAACAAACAGUUAAACUACACUCACAACAAUAUUUGUUUUAACGUGUGUCAAAUAUUUCAAGAUUUAGAACCUGGUAGCGUUUACGUUAAAAUAAUUGAAUAUUCCAUAGCCGGACAAUCUUUUUUAACAAGUGACAUCUGGGACAAAAUAUUACUAAAAAAUCGCAGUUCUGCAUUACAACAAUUUUUGAGAUCUAUUUAUUCAUUUAAGGAAACACUAUUCCUCGAAUCACGGUUAAACGAAACACAUAAAUUGAUUUGUAAUGCAAAUAUAGAACAAUCAGAUACGGCGUUCGAUCUUUUAAAUAAUAUCAACAGCGUUGUGGAUGUUUUAGAAAAGGUCACUUAUUGUCACGUGGCAUCAAGCAUGAAUAAUGUAAUAUCACAUACAUUAUUGGCAAUAUUAGGACUAGAUUUCAAUAAAGACUCGCCUGUUGACACAUUAUCCAAUUUAGCAACUUCAAUUAAUACUCCAGACGUAAUAAUAAACGUUUCAAUCUUAAAAGAUAUUCAAGCUAUUGCUGACGUUAUUUCUGAAAUGCCUUCCAAAAAAGAAUUUUGUGAUUUGCCCGUUGAAAACUGUAACGAAUGGUUAAAGUUGAACUGCGAUAAAGGUUAUGACAAAGUGGAAGACUUUAUAAAAAAAUAUGGACACCGUGGUAUCCAAGAGCUAGAUUUUGGUUCAGAAACAUGGUCAACUGAUCGUAACCGAUUAUUUUCCUGUCUUCAAUCGUUAAUAUUGUAUAAACACCGUCAACCCGAUAACAAAUCAAUAGAAAUCGAUUCUAGUACUGUUUCAAGAGGAUAUUUUAAAAAAAUAAUAUUCGAUUAUUUAUUAAAGAAAUAUCGUCAAAGCAUUUCGUAUAGAGAACAAUCAAAAGAUAUGCUGGUGCAGAUCACUCACAAGCUCAGAUUGGGUUAUCGAAAGCUCGGUGAAAAACUCGUAACGGAAGGAAAAAUGCCCGAUUCGAAACUUAUUUUUUUCAUGUCUCAGUACGAAAUAAGAAUAAUGUGCGGAAACAAUAGUCAUCCCGAAAUUGUACACAAAGCAAUGAAAAGACGUAAAUUGUGGCCCGAUUGUGCUUUGUUGCAGUAUGACGACGUGUGUUACGGACCACCUAUUCCUAAAAAAUUUUUAGACGAGGAAUCUGUUUACAGUUCUACGCGGUUUAAAGGUUGUUGCGUGUUUCCUGGACGGGUUAAAAACCGUGCGUGUGUAAUAGAGCACAUCGAAGACGCGCGGUGUUUGCGGACAGGAGACAUUUUGAUCAUGAAAUCCGUCGACAUAGCUUGGUCACCAUAUUUCCCGAUUAUUUCCGGUUUAGUCACGGAGAUCGGUGGUGUAAUAUCUCACGGAGCCGUUGUCGCUAGAGAGUACGGGUUACCUUGUCUUGUUGGAGUUCAAAAUGCCAAAAAAUAUUUCAAAACUGGUGAUAUGGUAAUCCUAGAUUCUGAGAAAGGAUUUAUCGUUAAAGAUGACAGUGAUAUGACCAAUUGAAAUUACAUACAACAUAAUAGUUCAUAUUUAUGUAUCAUUUAAUUUUCAAGUAAAAUAUAUAAAAUAAAAUAAA